UCCGGGAACCUUGACGUCCUGGUGGUGAGCUGAGUCGCUUUCCUUUCAGCUCCAGAAAAAAUGGAAGAGUGGGUUGUGGAAGGGAUUGCUGGGUUCCUCAGCAGCCCGUGUUGGAUUAUUCCAGUCACUGAUUUUAUCGAACAGAAUUGUGCAGUUUUCGAUGAUGAAGAAGAAAACAAGUUAUCUUAUACAGAAAUCCAUCAAGAUUACAAGGAUUUGGUUGAACAAUUGCUAGAAGGCUACGUUCAAGAUGUUGGGAUCCAGGAAGACCAGUUUUUGGAAGCCUGCAAUUCCCCACUUGCACAGUCUGAGUCAUUUCGGCCUGUCUUCCAACCAGUACUAGCUGCAGAAGAUUUUCAAGUCUUUAAGUCAUUGAUGUUACAGAAAAAUGUAGAAUUGCAAUUACAAGCUCUUCGAAUGAUUCAGGAGAGAAAUGGAGUUCUACCUGAAUGUUUGACAGAUGGUGAGGAUAAGAUCAGUGAACUGGAGCAACAGGAACUUAGGAUAUUAAGAGAGGUGCUAAAACAAUCUAAAGAUGAGUAUGAACAGGAGAUGGCAAAAAGAUGUGCUGCAGAAACAGGAGCUAAAGCUGGAGCAGUAAUACAAAGUGACUUGGAGAAAGCAAUUGUGGAAAAUGCAGAACAAGAGGCAGCGCGAUUAUCCAGACAACACCAACGAGGAAAGAAAAAUUUAGAAUGGAAUUCUACAAAGUUUUUAAACACCUUAGAGCAAAUACCAGAAGCUGUAUCCUCAAGCAACUUGGGUAAUGAUCACCAAUGCAGCUUAUCAGGACAAAACAACAGAAUAUCCAGAGAAGUGUUAGGGCCAGUACGAGCCCCAGUGAAGGGAGAAUUGCCUUUGCCUUCAGAAUCAAUAGAAAAAAAGACGAAUCAAAGUGAUGCAGCGGAGAUAUGGCUACAACAGGCGAAAAAGGAAGCCGGUAUUUUGGGUUCUGUUUUAGAACUUUCUGAGAAUGAGAGGAGGCAACUUCAUGAACGAGCAGCAUAUCUUAAAGAACAGCGAGAUAAAUUAGUGGCAAUGAAGAAAGAACAGAGAGAGAAACAUCUACCAAAAAAUCCAGAAACGCUGAAUGCACCACCCAUACUAGAAACUAAAGAGUUAUCUGAAGAAGAAAAGCAGAAAAUUCAGAAAAGGAAACAUUUGGCAGAAAAACUUAAACAGGAAGUUAUCAAAAAAUAAAAUGUGGACAGCAGAGGAUACAAAAUCCAUCAUUUUAAUUGAGAGAUCCAACUACAAUAUUUCAUUGAACUGCAUUAAAGUUGAAGCACUAUGUAUUGUGACUCUUACCAGUGGUAAUUUGCUGAUGGUAUUGAAACACUUUAGCUGCAAUUUGAAUUGGCCUAUCUUUUACUUAAUUUAUCAGCUGCACGAGUAAAUUAAAUUGUUUGCGACUUAGAAUGCUAAAUGGUAGUUGUAUUGUUCUUAUGAAUUAUAAUGUAGUUCAAAACUAUUGUUACCUGCAGAACACUAACUUUCAAUUACCAUCUCAUCAUUAACAAUGUGCUUGUGUAAAUAAACCAGCUUAUUACAGA